AUGUCAGACAGCAAGGUUCCGACUGUGGACGACUUGAGGGUCAAACUCUGUUAUAUAUGCAGAGAAGAGGAGCGUUAUGGAGGUACGUUCUAUCCACAAGAAGACCCACCUCGAGCUUGGACUCAUCCCUGCAACUGUACUCUCGUCGCCCACGAAUCAUGUCUUCUACAGUGGAUCAAAGCAGCCCAGCAGAACCCAGAUCGCGCCCCCAAUGCGCUCAAAUGUCCACAGUGCGGAGCGAAGUAUGAGUUAGAGAGUAAGAACCCACUCAUGUUGAGGGUGCUUGAUGCGUGGAAUAAGGCAUUGUUGAGGGUUGGGAGGCUCACCACGGUGUCUUGUGCUGGGAUCAUUGUCAUCUCGUUUGGCGCUGGUCUUUAUGCCGUUUUGACAUCGUACGGAGCUUGGGCAUUGCAAAACUUCAUCGGCAGUGAAAUGUACUCCCUCCUCCUUUCUGACGAUCCCACAAAUUGGCCUUGGCACGCCUUCCUCAACCUUCCCUUCGUACCCCUCUCCCUCAUAAUCUCCCGCACACCCCUCUUCUCAAUCGUCUCUCCCCUCUUCCCCCUUCUCUUCCCCUGGCCCACAGACCUCCCCUGGGCUAUCCGUCGCUCCCCAAACACAACGCCCCGACUCCGUGCUUCGUAUUAUCUGAGACCUGGAUCGGGCUCGGAGGCUUGGUGGCCACCGACGCCGACGAUGGUGGUGACAAUGUUUCCGUUCGUAAGCGCGCUAUAUAGGGUCGUCUUGGAUAGGGCGCAUGCGUGGGUUAUGGGGGAGAAGAGGGUCACGAGAGGGAGGAGCUUGGUUUGGAAUUUCAACGAUCCAGGUGCAGGGGACGGGAUGAUUAGGAUACGGAUUGGGAUGAAUGAGGAUCCCGAAGUUGUACCUCCUCAGGGUCAAGGUGCCGCAGGGCAACAACCACCACAACAGGGACAGGCAGCUGGGGCUCAAAUACGAGCAGAUCUACCGCCUGCCGCAAAUCCGAAUGUUGACCCAAAUCCUGGCGCAGUCCCAGGUCUCGACCCAAUCCCUGCUGAAGGCGACAAUGCCAAUGCGAACGACGCCGGCGAAGCAGCCGAACGCACCAUCCGCCUCACAGGCUCCUCCCUUGGCCGUCUUGUAGCCGGAGCCCUCGUCAUGCCCUCCAUUGCGAACCUGAUGGGCCGUCUCCUCCUUCGACUGUCUCAUUCACCACACAUACCAUUCUUAGGUAGGAUACUGGCGGCAAGACCGCCACUGAGCACCAGGUUGCCAUCGUUUUGGGGCUCGCAUACGUUGCCGCCUGAGAUGGAGAGGGCGUGGGAGAGGGGUGGUUUUGCUUCGAUGGGGGAGUUUGGGAGGGUAGUCAGCAUGGGGUUGAGAUCGCUUUGGGGAGGAACGAGAGUUUGGGCUGAGAGCGAUCCGGUUUGGUGGCGGAAUACGCUUGGAUUGGGUCUCUUCAUUGUCGCGAAAGACGCCGUCAAGCUCCUUCACUUGUGGCUCGCAAAACAAGAACUGGAGACGCGCCAUGUCAAGAAUAGGACAUUCGAAGGUGUAGAUGCUCGAGAGCUUGAUCUGAUACAUCCUCGCCAGUGA